CUUACCUAUCAAUUCCGCUGCAUUACAUUCUUUUUUGUGAGAUAAACAUCUCCAAAGUAGUGAAGUCUUUUUAAGCCCCAACAAAGUGGUACCAGAGCUAUGGCUAGCAACGCUAUGGUAGCCUUCCAAGUUCCAGUGCUCGACAACAACUUCUUCGAUAAUUGGAGUAUCAAAAUGAAGGCCCUUUUGGGAGCACACGAUGUAUGGGAAGUUGUGGAGAAAGGCUACACUGAGCCAAAAGAUGAAGCUACUUUGUCCCAACCCCAGAAGGAGAGUUUGAAAGAUUCAAGAAAGAGAGACAAGAAGGCUCUCUACCUCAUCUACCAAGCAUUAGAUGACAAUGGCUUUGAGAAGGUCUCGAGUGCAACCUCUACCAAGCAAGCAUGGGAGAAGCUUCAAACCUCUUACAAAGGAGCCGAACAAGUGAAAAAGGUUUGUCUUCAAGUAUUAAGAGGUGAGUUCGAAUCUCUACAAAUGAAAGGGUCUGAAUCAAUCUUUGAUUAUUUCUCAAGAGUCUUAGCCGUUUCCAAUCAAUUAAAAAGAAACGAAGAAAAGUUAGAAGAUGUUAGAAUUAUGGAGAAGAUACUACGCUUGUUGGACCCCAAGUUUGAGCACAUUGUCGUGACACUUGAAGAAACUAAAAACUUGGAAAAAUUAAUAUAGAGCAAUUAAUGGGUUCGCUACAAGCAUAUGAAGAGAAACAUAAGAAGAGGCAAGUAACUAAGUUUUCUCAAAGUUGAAAGAGUCGUUCGAUAUGAUGCAAGGAGAAUUUGUGUAAUAUAAGCAAUUGAAUCAAUGGUGUAUUCAACUUCCCACUUCAGUGGUAUCCCAGGUAAAAUGUUGAGAAAUGACACCAGGGAUAUAGCUCCUCGAAACAUACCAUACUACUUCCUUUCACUACACCAGAAGAAUGACUGGUCAAGAAUGUUCAGGUUACCUAACU